GGAGGCCGGCGCUCGGCGCGCGCACCCACAGCGGGGACUUUUCGCCACCCCGCGGAUCGACCCCGGUGUCUUCCCCCGGCGGAGGCUGCGGGCAGCCCCUCGGCCCGCCGGCGCCCCCCGUCACUGCCGCCGGGGCCGCCCGCAGCGCGCAUCCGGGCCGCGGGGCUCCCGAGCCCGGUCCGGAGGUGCGAGGGCGCCGGCCGCAGAGGGUGGCUCGGAGGCCGGCACCCCCGCGGGGAGCGGCGAGGCGACCCUGCCGAGAUGUGAAAGUAAAGAAAAGACUUGAUACCAAAGAUGCUUUGGAGCCAGAAUACUUCCUGGAUUAGACCCCAUGAUUUGUAUCCCGUGGUGUAUAUCGGCCUCAUGGUUGGUGUGGUAUUGGCGUGGCCUGAUUUUUCAGACGAAUCUUGCACUUUAAAGGUGACAUUUCGCAGCUUCCGGCUUAUCUUGUCAUGGGAAUUAAAAAACCAUUCGAUUGCACCAACUCACUAUACGUUAUGGUACACAGUCAUGAGUAAACCAGACGAUAUGAAGAUCGUGGAGCACUGUUCAAAUAUCACAGCAUCAUUUUGCGACCUAACCGAUGUGUGGGAAGUCCUGCCAGAGACAUACAUCCCCAGAGUUGAUGGAUUCAGGGGAAACACAAUGCUGGUCAGCUGUAUCAGCGAUUUCUUCCUGGCAACACACGUGUCUUUGGAACCACCGGACUUUGAUAUUGUUGGCUCUACCAACCACAUCAACGUAAUAGUGAAAUUUCCACCAGUCAUUCCCAAGAUACUAAAUGGCGAGCUCUUACAGUAUUACUUACCGCUCGUCAUCGAAGAACAGUCAGGGAAGAUUGUUAAGAAGCAUCACCCCAAGCUAAAUGGAAACAUCAUUGGAAAUGUCACUUAUGUCAUCGACAAGCUGAUUCCAAACACAAACUACUGUGUAUCUGUCUAUUUUAAGUCUAAAGAUAUGGGAGCAAUAAAUAGAUCUCCAGUCAAAUGUACCUUCCUUCAACCUGGACAGGAAACAGAGUCAUCAGAAUCCGCCAAAAUAGGAGGAAUAAUUAUUAUGUUUUUAAUAGCAGCUGUCUUCAUAAGCACCAUAUUAAUACUGAAACGGGUUGGUUAUAUAUGCUUAAGAAAUGAUUUCCCCAAAGUUUUGAAUUUUAAUAACUUGUCAUCCUGGGUCUUUCUCGAGAGGCCACCCUUGGAAACAGUGGCUUUCGUGGAGGUGAUUCACGUUAACCGGAAGAAGAAAGUGUGGGAUUAUAAUUACGACGAUGAGAGCGACAGCAAUGAUGAGGUGGCCCCUCCAAUAAGCGGAGGUGGUUAUACUAUGCACGGGCUAACGGGCAGGCUUCUGGGUCCGGCCUCCGCCUCCUCGGCCACCUUGGAAGACUGCAACCAGCCAGACGCUGAGGAACCCGAUCAAUCCGAACCUGAGGCUGACACCGAGCCCCUGAUGGCAGUAUGGCCCAGCCCCAGGCAGUCGGAAUGCUGCAAGAGUGGGGCCUACAAGGAGAGAGGGAGGCUGCCACAGGACCCCGUCUCCGAGGAUGAUGACAGCGCCACCGAAGAGUCUGGGGACAAAAUUACCUUCAAUGUAAAUUUAAACUCUGUGUUUGUGAGGAUCCCCGAUGAUGACUCAGAAGUACCCCCGACGUCACCAUCUUUUCUAGAAGAGACAGCCAACCUAGAGGAUUCAGAUGAAACAGAAAUAAGCUUUCUGGCAGCCAGUGGGGAAGGAACACAGCCACCCUUCGCCAGCCCCUCUGCAGAGUGCCCGUGGCCUGAAGACGCUCUUUCUGACAAAAGUGACAGUUCCGAGUCAGAUGCGGACAUCAGGGAUGGUUAUAUAAUGAGAUGAUUCCCAAGGAUAGUUAAUUAACAAGGACCGAUGAGGUUCUCCCUCCGCGUACGGUCACCAGCCCCUCCGGGGCCUGCCAGCGAUGUCGGUGGGAAGGUGCUGGAGACUGCAGUCUGCUGGGUGAUUCCUGGUGACGUCAUCUAUGCAGAUUCCCAGGACGGCCACAUGGGACCCUCCUAUCCUGCAGUGUAUUGUUUACAUGUCCCAAGGGAUGCACUUUGAAGGGAAAGUGUCCUGUCCAUUUCCUUCCCUGCAUUUAUAAUAGUUCUGCAUCCUGUCUCCCAGAGCAAGGAGCAGGGUCCCCUGCAUCUUUCCUGGGUGGUCCAAGACCCUGCAAGUUAAUGAAAUUAGCCAGGGUGGGAGUGGAGAGUGAAAAGGAAGACACUCAGCAGGGUUCCUAGCAGGUACAGUCAGCAGUGGUGGGUCCAGCAGGCUUAAGGGAGGGGCCAGGAGGGAAAAAGCAGGAAGGGAAGGCCACCAGAAGGAAAGAAAGGGGACCCACAAAGAAACAGAAGCACAGGUUCUGAGUUGGAAGUGGGGAAAGUGGAGCCCGGUCUUGGGCUCCUCCCCGAUGUCACAUUCUGUCACCUACACUCAGAAUUCAGCUCUCCUCAAUUUGAAUGAGGAGGACACAUUCGCACACAGAAAUAACUCUGGUGUCAGGCAGGUGACUCCUAGGAAAUAUCUGCCUGAGGGAGAGGGAUAGAAUCUCAGUGCCAAAUUUUAAGAUUAAAAAAAAAAAAAAAGCGAGAGAACAAAUGUAAAAUCGUUUCAAGGUCUUCAGAGGAAAUAAGGUAUGAAAUAAAAUCCCUGGAGGUCCUACUUAGCAAUUUAAGAAGAGCUGUGUGCACGGAUUCCAACUGUCCUAUGUGUGACCACAGUUCCUGUGGAGGCGGGGGGGGGGGGGGGGCAGGGGAAGAGAAGUUCUAGAACAUCAUGUAGCAAACAAUACAAGAACUAGGACUCAGAGGUCUGACUCUGCUAUUUCACUGUGUGACCCCAGGUACUUUGCUGAGCCUCUCUCAGCCUCAGUUUCUUCAUUUAGGAAAUAAGGGGAUUGGACUAGGUAAUCUCCAAGAUCCUGUGGUGCUAGGAGAAAUAGCUAGGAGAAAAUACACAAGAAUUGGGGCACCUGGGGUGGCUCAGUCGGUUGGGCAUCCGACUUCAGCUCAGGUCAUGAUCUCCCGGUUCGUGGGUUCGAGCUCCACAUCGGGCUCUGUGCUGACAGCUCAGAGCCUGGAGCCUGCUUAAUAACCUAAUGAAAUCACCUAGGAAAGGAACUUUAUGAUGGAAAGUGUCCAUUCCUCCGUCCUCUUAAAGCAACUAUCAUAUUUUGAAAGAUUUCCAGAGUGAUCUUUUGGGAUAAACUUUUUAUGGCUGUGUUGAUGUGUGUGUGUGUGCUUCAGUUUUGUAUAAUUGUCAUAAGUUGGUGAAGGAUAAUAAAUACUUUUUAAUAAAA